AUGGUUGGAAGGACAAAGAAAGUUGCUGGACGUGGUCGAGGUCGACCUGCGAAAGCGACCAAGGACGAAGAUGUAAAUGGAGAGGAUAAGACGAUAGUAAAG